UGUGUGUGUGUGUGUGUGUGUGUUUCGUUGCAACAGCCGUGACCCUAUCCUGUGUGUUUUUUGUCUUUUGACUGUUUUAUACACACUUCGUGGCAAAACCGCUCUUCGUUACCACCUCUUCGUUAGACCCAGAGACGACCACCUUGUGUGCUACCCCUCUUCGAAGUUCCCGCCCGUGUGCUUUGUUUGUUGUGUUUUGUUUGCCGCCGUUCCAAAAAGACAAACCCUACCCCGGAUAUUUCCUUUCGUGACCCGGUGCCGUCCCAGAGGAUUUUCGAAUUAGUCCCGCUGCAAUAACGAAUCGUAAAGAGCCGCUAGAUUAACCUUGUUCCAAGAUUCGCGUGCCAUAACCCGACCAUCGCACGCACUUUUCUUGUGUUUCUUCCGCUGUAUUCGUGUUCGUGACUCAGCAAAAGUUACACGUUCAAAGUUUAUGUGGAAGUCUGCCAUUAGUGUCUGGCCACGCGUUUCGUACUCCAGUGCGCAAAUUUCUGCUUAUUAAAUACGGGCGUUCAAAAACACGACACGAUUGCCGAAACAACUUCCCCGAGAUAACGACAGUUUGGUUUCAAAGUGCUCUGUUUUGUUAGUUCCUCGCAAAAAAAAAGGGGGGUUACUUCUUGCUCGUUGCACCCACAGAAUCUAACGGCGUAACCGUACUACAAAAGUGAUCUACGUGAAACUGCGGCUUCUUCUCAGAGGAAAAGAAACUACUCGACGACGCCCAACGUGCUACCGCGUGUUCGAAACUGUGCUACAUCUGUGACGUCGUGAUACCGAGGGGUGGCACCGAUGAAGAGGAAGAAAGCUCGUUAGAGGAUUCACGACGACGUUCGAGAGAGGGGUUCAGACUUGAGGAACGAGAGUGCUGCGGUUUUGGUUGACGCGAAGCCACCCCGGUCAUCUCUGACAGGACAGAACGUCGAGGACGACAAGUGCAUCUUCGCAUCGGUGACCAAUUCACCUCAGUAUCCGCUGCUCGGCCAUCAACCCAGCCACGACGCGCAAGGAUGCAGUGAGGCGUGAAACGCCACCCAGAGCUUCGCAAUGGCUGAGGACUGGCCCUUUGCAUCGCUGACGUAAGAAGGCGCCGCUGGAUUUCUGCAGUUUGGCUGAAGAUGAGCGCAUGAUGGACCAUGAAGCAGAGCUCGAGGCAGCUAUCAACCUCUCGACAGGACAGACCACGGCUGCCGUCCGCGCGUCCAGCGCCACUCCGACCACCAACGGCGUGGCGCACGAGGACGACAUCACCGCUCAGACCCCGCUGGGCACGUCCAAGACGCAGCAGUUGCACCUGCAGCUUCAGCAGCGCGCCGCGGCGGCCGUGGCGGCGGCCUCCUCGGCGGGCGGCUGGCCGGGCGGAGGGGACUCCAAGGGCGCCCUUCCUCAGGGCGCCGGCGGCAACACCGGCGGGGGCAACACCGGCGCACCGAUGGGAGGCAGCAGCCCGGACCUCUCCCCGCUCCUGGUGAUGAACAGCCUGGCCCAACAGCAGGUGCAGCAGCUGCUGCAACAGCAGCUGCUCUCGCCCGCCCAGCUGCAGCAGAUUCUGGCCACGCAGCAGCAGACCUUCCUCUUCCAACAACAGCAGCACCAACAGCAGCAGCAGCAACAGAAGCAGCUGGAGACGGUGAUCCCGCACCUGCAGGAGCAGCUCCAGUUCAUCAUGGUCCAGCAAAGCCAGGUCCUGCAGCAGCUCAACGGACUCAACAGCGGCUCUUCCUCCUCCCACGGAGGAGCUGCUAUCGCCUCUCAGGACGCAUCCCCCGGCGGCGGCAAGGGGUCGGCGAGCGGCAAACCGGGGCGACAGCAGCUCCAGCUGCAGCUCCAGCAGCUGGCGCUCCAGCAGCACCAGAUCAUGCAGCAGCUGCAGAUAUCGCACCGACAGUACCUGCUCGGGCUGCCGCCGUUCCUCCUGCCGCAGGCCCUGAACACAGACCUGCAAGGGCUCUGGAAGGACGGCGUCGCCUCGAGCCUAGACGUCGACGGCGGGCCGCUCAAGGGCCUCAACGGCCUCCUGGGUUCGGCCGCCGCCGCCGCCGCAGUCGCUGCUCAACAGCAGCAACAGCAGUCUCAACAGCAGCAGCAACAGCAGCAUGCGCCCCCGGGACCUCCCCCGCCACUGGGAAUGCCCACAGCGCAGCAUCCGCCCACGACGCAGCAGUCCUCGGGCGCCCGGCUCGUCAACGGCAACAACACGGUUCUGCAGAGCGCCCUCCAGGGACUCCAGUCGUCCCACCAACAGCAGCAGCAGCAGCAGCAGCUUCAGCAGCAGCAGCAGCAGCAACACUCCGCCUCGAUGGGCUCCCUGUGCCACGGGCCCAACGAGACGGGCUCCGCGUCUUCGUCGCCGUCCACGUUCCAGCAGCAGUUGGGGAAGGAGGAGAGGUCUUCCGGUGCCAGUGGUGCCAACAGCGGGCACGCACUCUACGGCCACGGCGUCUGCAAGUGGCCCGGGUGCGACGCCGAGUGUGAAGACUACCAGGCCUUUGUAAAACACUUGAACACUGAACACCAGCUGGAUGAUCGAAGCACAGCGCAAGCCAGGGUACAGAUGCAGGUAGUGUCUCAGCUGGAACUGCAGCUCGACAAGGAGCGAGACCGGCUCCAGUCCAUGAUGGCGCACCUUCACAUGAAGCCGCCCAACGGCAGCCCAUCUGGCUCUGGCAACAAGGAUUCGCCUUUUGCGAGCUGCUCCCCUCCCUCCUCGUCUGUGUGCCUGCAGCUGUUGUCGUCGACCCCCAAGCCAGCGACGUCCUCACCUCAGGCGCUGCUGCCCAUCAGCCCGAGCCCGCCGCCCCUGGCGAUGAGCAGCCCACUCAUGACGAGUCGGCUGCUCGGGUUGCCUUCCUCCACCCAGGCGCCGGGCUCGGGACCCAUUCGGCGCAGGCUGAGCGACAAGGGCGUGUCUCCGCUGUCGGGUAUGGAAAUCGCAUCAUUACCCGACUCUCCCAUACGACGAAGGGUUGCGGAGAGAGCUAACUUGGAUAUCACUGAAGAGAUCCAGCGAAAUCGAGAGUUUUACAAGUCUGCGGACGUUCGGCCUCCCUUCACAUAUGCCUCUCUCAUUCGGCAGGCCAUAAUUGAAUCUCCUGAUAAGCAGUUAACGCUGAAUGAGAUCUACAACUGGUUCCAGAAUACCUUCUGCUACUUCCGUAGGAAUGCUGCAACUUGGAAGAAUGCGGUGAGACACAACCUGAGCCUACACAAAUGUUUUAUGCGUGUUGAGAACGUUAAAGGGGCUGUGUGGACUGUGGACGAAAUAGAAUUCUACAAGCGUAGGCCCCAGCGACUCCAAGAUCGGAUAGCAGGGGGCCUACCAGUGCCUUCCCAGCAAGUAGGACAGAGAUCGGUCCGUAGUCCGAACCUCCAGCAAAGUCCGGGUCUGUACGGAGAGUCCCUUAACGCUUCACUGCAAGCAGCGCUGGCCGAGAGCAACCUGUCAUUCCUCAGUGCAGCUAUUUCCGGCACGGCGGUGAGCACGGCGGCGUCCAUUGCGGGUGGCGUAGUCAUGCCCGGGGCUCGGCCGCCGAGCGCAGGCAACGGACCCCUCAGCAGCCCGGUAGUCUCCUCAGGCGGGCUGCUGCCCGCCGCCCCACAGCUCCACGGGGACGCCGCUGCUGCGGAGCGAUUCGUCGCCGGCAUGCUCGGCCAGGGACUCGCGGGGGAGAGACUCACCAGCAAUGGCGUCCACAUCAAGCAGGAACCAGUGGUAGAAGAGCCCAGCAGUGACCUGGAGGAACCCAUGGAGGCCACUCCCGACCAACUGGUCACGGGCUCCGUGCUCGAAGACGACCUGGGAAGUGACGAGGCGCCGCGACCCUCCGACGGCAUGGACGCCGCGAUCGGUGGCCGCGACUCGGCCACCGAACGGGAGGACAACGAGGAAGCCGAGGACUUGUCCCUAUCUUCGUCCACGACAACCCCCUGCGAGACGCCAGUCUCGAACUCGACGUAGGACAUUGCCCCCACCCCCUCUUCACCCGCUCCCUGUACUCCCCACACCAGUCAGUCCUCCAUCCUUCCAGCCUCUCCCGAGAGAGGUCGCGCGGCUUUGCCGGCAUCACGACGGAGCAGACAAGCAUUGCCCCCUCCCGACCCUCCUCCAUGGCACGAAUUUCAUUUCGUCUCCACGCAGCCGCAGCAACAGCAGCAGCAGCAGCACCAACAACGCCAGAGCAUUGUCACUGUAGCAGUUGACGAAUACAUCUCUAUCGCACCGGUACCUCAGUAAACACAAUUACCUCAGUGGGAAAGGCGACGAGUUGUUUUCCGGCAGAGACAGGUGUUUUCCCCUUUCUUUCCAGGCUGUGGUUGUUUUACGGCGGACUGUUUGACGCGGAGCGUUAGUCGAGGCCGCAAGUGUGGACGCGUUGAGAAAGAAACCGGUUUGGCUCUCUGCUUAAGGAGUGGCAUAAGAUGUCACCUUCACGGACAGUCGUACGCGUUGAAUUGUUUGGUGGAAGACGUGCUAGCAUGCCUGUUGGCAAGCAGUGUGUGCGUGCAAGCAUUGGGCCCGCACGAGUCAUUUCCGAAGCGUAUGAGUGCAGAAGGCACCCAAGGUGCAUUGCCAUACAACUUCUUGCUUGAAGUGACCAAGCUUUCCUAGUGUCAUUUGUCAGUAGUGACAGCACACCACUGAAUUAUAAACUAAGCAUUUGCCAAAAAUGAAGCACUUGUUGGAUUCAGCUAUGCGUGGCGUUCAAAAGUAAUGUUUUCAGUUUACCUGCACUGUUUAGGCCUCUCGAAGCAAAGCUCAGUAGUGAGAAAAAUGAAGCCUUGUUUCAUCGUAUAAUGCUGAGUUGCAGUGAAGCUUCAGAAGGAUGAAGAGAGUUAGCACACUGCUUGCGCAGCAAGUGUCGAUGCCCAUAUCCUUUCCAACGACCUGUUCGCGGGAAGGUAUGGUGGUGAGUUCUGUGUAGUCUUCGGAAUAACGUGUCAAAGUGCUGUUGACGAUCCCUCCAAGCUAUCUCUCUCCAAGUUUGCCCUCCAAGUUGGCACGACAUUCUUAAACAAGCAGGUCAAGAAGAGUUAACCGGCCCGAUCGGAAGGCAGUGAGGUUGAGACGCUCACGCACCCUUUGCAACGCAGAAGGUUGGCAUUGAUCGAACGGAAGCAUUGCGAUGACAGCGCAGCGUCCUAGCAGACUCUAGCCGAAGAGCCUCGGGAAAAAAAAAUGUUCCUCUGUGCAUAUCGUUCCACACUGUGACCACACAGUGUCAGCUUUUCCUAGAUACAAAAACGAAGCGCGAGAAAAAAAAAACGCGAUCGAUGAACCGACACAAAAGGGAAAAAAAAAAGUUGUAAAAGUUACCACGUAUAGUGUACUACUCCAUGUUCUCCUUCCUCCCCUCGUUUUGUGUGUAACAAGAAAACUAUAGUGCUACGUAAAACGACGUCACCUUUUUGCAGUCUUCGUACUAAGUAACUUAGAGAGAGGCAGGUGGCAGUUACAUUGUGUAGGUGGUAGCGAUAAUCUUUGGUAGCAGUCUGUGUGGUACACUUACCUUUGCACGGGCUCGCAUUCGUGGCAAAGCUCGUCGUCUCGGAAGGUUUGAGCUUCUCACUGUGGGGACUCUGUCGUCGAAAUUGCACGCCCCGAAACCCCAAGAAGUGUCUGUGUUUCUCGAAGAAAAAGUGUGAACGUUGCCCAGUGAUGUCGGGAGCGUUUUGUUUCUGCUUACAUCUCCCCUGUAUCACUUAUUUGAUAUCGGUGAAUCUGAUAUGACCAUCCUCCUGUGUGUUUCGUUUUCGGCGUACCGUAACCAGCAAGGGCCUGUGAAGCCUCCCACUGAUGUGUCUUGAGUUAAAUACAAAUGAAAAACUGCAUUCGACGGUGUGAUUCAGGCCCAGGAUGUGUACUUGUGCUGUUGAGUUGGUUCACUGCUGCGCUAUGGACAGCUUAAGUAAUUUUUUCUUCUUGGUCACCUUUUAUUUUGUUCACUGCUUAUCACAUGCAAAAGGGUCAUCACAAAUAUUGCCUGGCAUCCCGCGCGAGCCUCUAAACAAAUCUGCUUUCACAGCAUCACAUUUUGUUUCCCAUUCAUGUGUACAAAAGUAAGGGGACAACGCAAAACCAUCGGUACCAUGUUUUUCCGUGUGCUUCAUUCGUUUCAUUUUGUUGAAGUUCACAUUUCUUUUUCAUUCGUGUUGCCACACCGAGCACUCAUGUCACUGUCACACCACAUGAACAAUGACUUUGCAUUCCUAACGACCAAGCAGGCUGCCGCGUUGUCAUGUGUGCCAUGUGCUGUUGGUAUCCUAAUUUUUCGCACUCGCUUUUUUUUUUGCUCAAUUUCUUUCUCAGUGUUUUCUUUUUUUUUUCUCUGCAACACUUGCUUUUCCUUAGGUGCCUACAGCUUCUGUCAAGCUUUGUCCUUUUUACGUCGCAGCCUGCUCAUCAGCAUGUGACAGUUUGGCUGCUUGUUUAUAAUUGUGUCUUUAAGUUUGUUUGUUUUUCUGCUUUGCAUUUCUGAGCACCACAUCUUGUCCAAAACACCGAGUGACUUUAGUUCGCGCAUAGUUUCUUUUUUAUUAAUUUACAAAUAUAGUUUAUAUCUGCUGCACCAGAAAUACAAAGAUUUUAAUGCUGCUGAUAUUUUUUCGGAGUGCUCUUGUACUUCUUUAGCCUACUUCUAUUGCUUUGUUUCUAUUCAAAGUUUAAUGUCCAAUACUUUGUAGUAGUGUUUUCUAUUUUUGUCUAUGAAGAAAGUGAGAGCCUGGAAGAAAAGAAAAAGCUAAGGAAUGAGUGUUCUAAGUGAAAGUUUUGUCCUUAAGGUAUUUAUUGAUGAUUGUACAUAUUAAUUAUUCUGGCGUGCCCUCACGCCAGCGGAGGAUGGUAAAGUUUUUCUUUUAUACCAGUGUAAGCUCUGUAUGGCGUCAUGUUCAACUCAUUUUAUUUCGUGCAUGUUGUGUUUGCAUUUUGCAUAGUCACGACCUGGCAAACUCACACUCUUCAUGUAAUGUCAAGCUGUUCGUCUUAUUAUCGGUGGCUCGCUAGUGUCUUUAAAAAAGCACUAACCGCGUGCAUUGCUAGUAGACGGCGUUCAUUUGGAUGCGUGGUGAAGGCAUGUGUUACGUUCGCUUCUCAAGCACUCGAAAAAAGAAAAACUGAAAGAUACUGGUGAUGCUUCUUUUGUUUCGUUCACUUUUUCUUACGUGUUCUGUUGUCCCAUACGUGUGUUUUUGUUUCUUCUGGAAUGGUGUUAACAUCUUCAUUUUUCUCCCAGUCAUUCAUUAGAAGCAGUGUGGUAGUGUUUUGAGCCAGUCACUUUCAUGCAAACCGUACAUAUCACUUCAUGCUUCCACGUACUUAAAGAAAAAAAAGAAAAAGAACCUGCAUCUUCGCAAAAUCACAUAUCCACAAUGUUGUCAAUACAGUAUUUUUUCCCUGA